GGGAACACUGAUGAUGUGUUUCUCUUGUUUGUGUGUGUGAGUGAUGUCUCCGCCAUUGAAAUUCAUUUUAGCCGAGAAUUGAAAUAGGUUGUACCUUUCACAAAUCGGCAAAUAUCUUCAUAAUCUUCCUUUCUUUGCCUGUUCUAUUUAGCUAUAUUUCGUGCACAAUAAUUAUAUCAAAUGGCAGACAGAGACACAGAUGAGUUAAACAUCGAUAACGUAAUAAAAAAAUUAUUAAAAGUUCGGGGCGAAAAGCCUGGUAUGAAUGUACAGUUAACGGAAAUAGAGAUCAAAGGGCUAUGCUUGAAAUCGCGGGAAAUAUUCUUGUCACAACCAAUAUUACUCGAAUUGGAAGCGCCGCUUAAAAUUUGCGGUGACAUCCACGGGCAGUACUAUGACCUGCUGAGGUUGUUUGAAUAUGGUGGCUUCCCUCCAGAGUCCAACUAUUUGUUCCUCGGAGACUAUGUGGACCGUGGCAAGCAAUCCCUGGAGACGAUAUGUUUACUCCUCGCCUACAAGAUCAAGUACCCAGAGAAUUUCUUCCUUUUACGUGGCAACCACGAGUGCGCUAGCAUUAAUAGGAUUUAUGGAUUCUACGACGAAUGCAAACGGAGGUAUAACAUCAAGUUAUGGAAAACUUUCACAGACUGCUUCAACUGCUUACCGGUCGCUGCGAUAGUUGACGAGAAGAUAUUCUGCUGCCACGGCGGCUUAUCUCCAGACUUGCAGGCGAUGGAACAGAUCCGGCGGAUCAUGAGGCCGACUGACGUGCCCGACCAGGGUCUGCUCUGUGACCUGUUGUGGUCUGACCCUGACAAGGACACCGCCGGAUGGGGAGAAAAUGACCGUGGUGUCAGCUUUACAUUUGGAACUGAGGUGGUAGGCAAGUUCCUGUCGAAGCACGAGUUUGACCUGAUCUGCCGCGCGCAUCAGGUCGUGGAGGACGGUUACGAGUUUUUCGCCAAGAGACAACUCGUCACCCUCUUCUCGGCGCCCAACUACUGCGGCGAGUUUGAUAACGCCGGAGCCCUCAUGUCAGUGGACGAGACACUAAUGUGCUCGUUCCAGAUCCUAAAACCGGCCGACAAGCGCAAGCUUUACUCCGGCCUCAACAUGGGACGACCCAACACGCCGCCGCGCGCGCAGCCCAAGAACAAAAAGAAUUAAUCGCCCCACCCAGCGCCCGCGCCGCUCUGCCGUCGACUCGCAUGGACACCCACGUACCUACUUGUUACCUACCUUUUUAAAAUAUUCGAAGACAGACUUAGGGAAGUUGCGACAAUUUGCUAGUAUUAAGUUCCAUUGCGCGUUUUCUAUCGUUCUCCGUUCAAUGUUAAGUUUUUAAACGCGCAAUGGAUUAUAUAUAAAUUUGAUUAGUGAUUUUCUAAUUACAUUGUUCAAUCGCUGAUUAUGAAUGAAUAUUCGGUUUAUCGAAAAUUCCCUUACCGUCUGUCUUCCGAAUUAAAUUACAGUUUGUUCGCUGAUUUUAUUCGAAAUUAUUUUGUUAACAAUAUUUCAGCUCUCUUGUACAGGUGUUAUAAAAAUAACGAAGCGAGUCCUAAUUGAUUGUUUACUUUGUUUUAAAGUAAGAAGUUUAUGUUAACAUUAGUAACAGCUAGUUUUAUGUAUAAGGACUGCAAGGAAAAUAAUUCCUGUUUGUUAUGUCUCCUGUAAACUUGCUUCGUUCUUUUUACUACAUAAAAUGGUCAACAAGAACUGUUAUAACAAUCGACUUUAUUUGCUCGUUGUCUUGGUUGAUUUUUGAGCGACAAUGUUACAAAAAGAAGUGAAUUAUAAGGUUCUUAAUUGUUUAUCUCGUUGGCCUUCAUUAUGUAAUGUAGUUACUGCACAUUGAAACAUUGACCAAUUGCUGGACGAUUGUGUCCCACAGACGGGUGCGAUAGGGAACACCAUUACAUCAUUUACUUGUAACGACCGAAUAAUCUCGGCCUCAUUUGUAAUAGCCAAUAGGAUUGUAGUACUCACGACCACAAUGCAAUUUUAUAAGUUUUCAAGAGGUUACAGCGUCUUUGUAUGUUUUUAUAAUAAAAUUAGACUGUUCCGUUCUCGGCUUUGGGCUUCCCGUGGGCGAUUUACCUGUGGACGGAUGCACUUGUAUGCCGCGUAAUUAUGUCUGUGCAAAUGCGUGUACGUAUGACUGGCUCCCAGAAUGCUUGUGUCGUAAUCAAUAUUCAAACAAUUAAUGUAAGUUAGCCCACGACUGCGACUACAGUUUCGACGACAACAGCGACUUUUUGUCGCAACCUCUUUUUUAUUUGAGAUUAUUUCAACAUUGAACGUCGGAACUGUAACCGCGGCGUCUCGCAGUAAAAUUUAACGAUGACAGAAUAAUUAAAUGAUGGAAAUAUUGGAAGUAUGAUAAGUAGUAAGCAUAAAUAUUGUAACGAAGCCGUAGUUUGUUGGUAAAUAUAAUGAACAAAUUGCGCCCACUGUUUGUGACAUUUGGUUUACGAUUCGCGAUGCUAGAACUUAGUACGGUCUCUAUAAACAUUUCCUAAACAUAUGACAAAUACGUACAUUCCCACACAAGGACGAAUCUUGUUAUAAGGAAUGAUCUAGAAUUAAAUUGUAAUUACUUGUAAGUUUCAUAUAACUUUUUAAGUAAUAAAUUCUAUGUCAAGUAGCAAGUGUUUAUAUCCCAGUAAAUGUAGAAUUAACUGUCUCGCCAUGCAUUUACAGUGCCCGAUUGACGACACGAAUCGGCUUUAUAUAGUUUAUUUUUAUAACAAGUAAAAUCUCCAGUCAAAUGUAACGAAUAGUAAUUAAAUUGGUUAGAAUUAAUUAGCAUUUAUAUAGGAGCCAAGUGGUCAAUAUGUGGGCGUAUUAGUUUUAAAGGUUACACCGUCCCCUCAGGCCGGUCAAUAGGACUAUAUGUAGCGUUGCUUUGUCGCCCAACUCCUUAUGCGAUCCUAGUUCGCACUAUGCUUCGCGCGAAUGACGUGGUUGCUUACAUAAUGUUUUAAUUAUCAACCUACUAAUUUAACCGUUGGUUAUUAUAUUUAAACAAAGAUAUAUAAUCUCUCACUAGAGAUUAGUAUAGACUUCAAUCAAAAUAUUCCAUGAAAUUUACAUUUCAUUGAUUUUAAAACAUGAAAUUAUAAAAUUGAUGUUCGAUUUUGAAAUCAACGGUUAAUUUCGUCAGUGUUGCCAAACUCCACCGAUAGUUACCAUAAUGGGAAAAUAAAAAGGUCGCAUAAGAGUAACGGGAGUAAAUAAAGAUUUUUCUUUUAUUUAAUUGCUAUUGAAUGUGUUAGACUGAUACCCGCGGCUGACUGCCGAUCAAAUUGAAUCAUUGAUCUAUGUAUGAAAAGAAUUGUAUAUUAAUUUCUUAAAUAAAAUACUUCUGAAAA